CCCUCCUCAUCCCUCCCUCCCCGUCCCUGCCUCCUCCUCUCCCGUCGCUCCCCGCUGCCCCGGGCCCAGCCGCAGCAUCGCGGGAGCCGCGGCCAUUUGAGGCCGAGGCGGGGCCGCUCCCGGGGCCGCUCCCGCUCUGCCCCGGCCAUGAGGAGGAGGAGGAGGGCGGCGGCUCCGCGCUGAGCCCCCGCCGGAGCCUGGGAGCCCCUGGAUGCUGCUGGGAGCGCCUGGAUGCUGCUGAGCCCCCCAGGACUGGCGGGGCUGAACCCCCGGCUGGUGCUGAGCCCUCCAGGGCCCUGCUGAGCCCCGGACUGGAGCUGCUGAGCCCCCCCCGGACGCUGCCGAGACCCCCCGGCACUGCUGGACGCCCGGGCUGACGGGGCUGAGCCCCCCGGACGCUGCCGAGCCCCCCGUGCGGGUCUGAGCUCGGGGCUCCGCCGCAGGCACUUGGCGAGUUAUCCCGUGGUUCAGUGCUGAGGGAAUUCCUUGGGAGCAUGGCUGGAGCAGGACACAGAGUCUGGGCACGGAAUGCAGGCAGUGAUGGCAGGAGCCCCAACCCUGGAUCAGUGACUCUGCUGCCCUUUCCCAAGGAAUCUUCGGUGCUCACCAGGCGGAGCCCGAGAUAUUUUGUCGGGAUAAAAAUUCAAUAUUGAGACACCUAAGGUCAUUAUUUGAGGAAAACGCCUAUUUCAGUACCAAAGGCUGUUCAGUGAAGGGAUGAAUAUCCACGAACCCACGGGUUCACCUGGCGCUGCUCUCGCUCUGCCCGCAGCGGCCUGGCGGCUCCGCGCCGCGGGGCUGUGAGCCCGCCGUGCUCCCGCCGUGGCCGGGGCUCUGCCGGGAGCCAUGAGGAGGUUUGGCUACUGCCGGGUGGUGCUGGCCACCUCGCUGCUCUGGCUGCUGCUGGACGUGUUCCUGCUGCUCUACUUCAGCGAGUGCAACAAGUGCGAGGACAGCAAGGAGCGGUCGCUGCUGCCCGCCCUGCGCGCCGUUAUUUCCCGGAGCCAGGAGGGCCCGGGGGAGAUGGGCAGGGCCGUGCUCAUCCCCAGGGAGGAGCAGGAGAAGAUGAAGGAGCUCUUCAAGAUCAACCAGUUCAACCUCCUGGCCAGCGACCGCAUCGCGCUGAACCGCAGCCUGCCCGACGUGCGGCUGGACGGGUGCAAGAGCAAGGUGUACCCGGAGGAGCUGCCCAACACCAGCGUGGUGAUCGUGUUCCACAACGAGGCCUGGAGCACGCUGCUCAGGACCAUCCACAGCGUGCUGGAGCGCUCCCCGCCGCGCCUGCUGGCCGAGAUCGUCCUGGUGGAUGAUGCCAGCGAGAGAGAGUUUUUGAAGGCCUCCCUGGAGAAUUACGUGAAGAAGCUGGGGGUGCCCAUCAAAAUCCUGCGGAUGGAGCAGAGGUCGGGGCUGAUCCGGGCACGGCUCCGAGGGGCAGCAGCUUCCAAGGGCCAGGUGAUCACAUUCCUGGAUGCCCACUGCGAGUGCACCCUGGGCUGGCUGGAGCCUCUGCUGGCCAGGAUCAAGGAGGACAGGAAAACCGUGGUGUGUCCCAUCAUCGACGUCAUCAGCGACGACACCUUCGAGUACAUGGCGGGCUCGGACAUGACCUACGGGGGCUUCAACUGGAAGCUGAAUUUCCGCUGGUAUCCCGUGCCCCAGAGGGAGAUGGAGCGCAGGAAAGGGGACAGGACCCUGCCCGUCAGGACCCCAACUAUGGCUGGUGGCCUGUUUUCUAUUGACAGGAACUACUUUGAAGAGAUAGGAACUUACGAUGCAGGAAUGGAUAUCUGGGGUGGCGAGAAUCUUGAAAUGUCCUUUAGGAUCUGGCAGUGUGGAGGCUCCCUGGAGAUCGUCACCUGCUCCCACGUGGGACACGUGUUCCGCAAGGCCACCCCCUACACCUUCCCGGGGGGCACCGGCCACGUCAUCAACAAGAACAACCGCAGGCUGGCCGAGGUCUGGAUGGACGAGUUCAAGGAUUUCUUCUACAUCAUCUCCCCCGGGGUGGUGAAGGUGGAUUAUGGAGACGUUUCCAUCAGGAAAGCCCUGCGGGAGAGGCUCGGCUGCAAACCCUUCUCCUGGUACCUGGAGAACGUGUACCCCGACUCGCAGAUCCCGCGGCGCUACUACUCCCUGGGAGAGAUCAGGAACGUUGAAACCAACCAGUGCUUGGACAACAUGGGCCGCAAGGAGAAUGAAAAAGUGGGAUUUUUCAACUGCCACGGCAUGGGAGGGAACCAGGUGUUUUCCUACACGGCAGACAAGGAGAUCCGCACGGACGACCUGUGCCUGGACGUGUCGCGGCUCAACGGCCCCGUGCUCAUGCUCAAGUGCCACCACCUGAGGGGCAACCAGCUCUGGGAGUACGAUGCCGAGAAGCUCACCCUGAGGCACCUGAACAGCAACCAGUGCCUGGCGGAGCCGUCGGAGGAGGACCGGCUGGUGCCCACCAUGCGGGAGUGCGGCAGCGGCCGCUCCCAGCAGUGGCUGCUGCGCAACAUGACCCUGGGGGCCUGAUUCCCACCUCUCAUCCCGCUUUUCCCGCUUUUCCUGCUGCGCCCAGCAGUGCCCAGCCCGCUCCCGACCCCAGCAGAGUCACCGGGAGGGGUUCCUGGCGCCGCGGUGCCCUUGGACUCCUCCAGGUGAUCCACGAGCUGCUGGUGCCGACACCAGCGGCUCCAGGCUCCAGAGGCAGCAGCUGACCUUGGGGAAGUUGGGAUAUGGAGGCGUUGCUGUCACUCCAGAGAUUCCAGAGGCAGCAGCUGACCUUGGGGAAGUUGGGAUAUGGAGAUGCUGCUGUCACUCCAGAGAUUCCAGAGGCAGCAGCGACCUUGGGGAAGGUGGGAUAUGGAGAUGCUGCUGUCACUCCAGAGAUUCCAGAGGCAGCAGCCAACGUUGGAGAAGUUGGGAUAUGGAAGUGUUGUUGUCACUCCAGAGAUUCCAGAGGCAGCAGCGACCUUGGGGAAGUUGGGAUAUGGAGGCGUUGCUGUCACUCCAGAGAUUCCAGAGGCAGCAGCCAACGUUGGAGAAGUUGGGAUAUGGAGAUGCUGCUGUCACUCCAGAGAUUCCAGAGGCAGCAGAGACCUUGGGGAAGUUGGGAUAUGGAGGCGUUGCUGUCACUCCAGAGAUUCCAGAGGCAGCAGCGACCUUGGGGAAGGUGGGAUAUGGAGAUGCUGUUGUCACUCCAGAGAUUCCAGAGGCAGCAGCGACCUUGGGGAAGUUGGGAUAUGGAGGCGUUGCUGUCACUCCAGAGAUUCCAGAGGCAGCAGCGACCUUGGGGAAGUUGGGAUAUGGAGGCGUUGCUGUCACACGUCACCACGGAGAGGUGGCCCCGUGGCACCCGCUGGCACUGGGAGCCAUCCUGGGAGGUGUGGCCCAGGCUGAUGGGAUGUGCUGGGCUCUCCUGGAGAAGAUCCUGGAGAAUAUCCUGGAGGAACUUGGGUGGUCUCUCGUGCCCGGCGGGAUUUGACAGCACCAAAGCUUCCUGGGUUGUGCUGGGAAGAAACGGGAUCCGGUGUUGGGAAGACCAGGCCAAGACUGCACUUCACCAGGAGUUCCAACAGAUGAGGCCACAGGAGACACGGGAAUGCCGAGGGGAAGGAGUGACACUGGUGGGACCUUGGAGGGAGCUGUCCCCUCCUUCCAUGGGAGUGGAGCUGGGGCCGGAGCUGGGGCUCAGGAGACACCUGGAAGGACCAGAACUGAGACCUCUGGAGCUUGGAGGGUCUCCAUCCCUCCAUCCCAACACGUCCGUGAUUCCCUGCAUCCCAGCAGGCCACAGGCACAGCUCCGUCCCAGCCCUGCCUCCAGGUGUUCCCGCUCCCAGAGGAAUCCCAGAGGCUCCUUGCUGCUUUCAGGAAUUUGGGGGCUCAACGCUUCUGUGGGUGUGGCUGUUCCCAAAGCGCUGCUGGCCCUCGGGAGCUGCUCCCUGCUGGGAUGUGGGGACAGGGACAUUCCCGGAAUGUGCUGGGGACGUUCCUUUGGGAGCCACCCCAAAUGCAGCUGUGGCCCUCUGGGCUGGGAUUUUGGGAAUUCUCACUGCCCAGAGGGUUCAGGAGACUGAAAUCCCAGGGCAGCGGGAUCCCAGCACGGGUAAGUGGGGAAAUAUUUCCCAGGAUUUCCCUCACAAUUCCCAAAAACCUCUGUAAAAUGCACUGGGUCAUUAAAAAUGCCGGUAUUUUCUGUA